AUGAAAGGUAUGUUGAAAUUGAGCUAUAGUCUAUCUAAUGCUCGGAGAGAGUGGUAUAUUGUAGAUGACGAGGACGUUUUUCUCUAUCUAACAUCAGUGGAUAAAGAAGGACUUAAACAUGUGUUGCAUGUAGAGUUAUUUAGCGAUUUGGAAGCAAACCAGAGGGUUGCGCAACUUUCAAGAGUAGAGCGAGUAAGUUCAGUUGGUUUGAAUUAUGGGGAGCUGGUUUCAAAUGGCAAAGCUGUUGAUGUAGAAAAUGCUGGCAUUCUAACUAUUUUCAACCCGUGUGAACAACAAAAUGUUGUUAAUGAGGAGGUGUUGGAGAGUUUUGUUAAUGAAGAGAUUAUUGUUAAUGAAGAGUGUGAGAAUGUAGGACAAAUAAACGAAUUUGUGGCUGAUGUUUCAGAUUCAGAUAUGGAUGAUAGGCAUGAGUAUGUAGAGCUACCAUUUAAUGUCGAAAAAAGUCAGUUUAAUGAAUGGGAAGAUGGUACAGGUCUUGAAAUAAAUCAAGAAUUUUGCUCUAAGGAGGCUGUGCAAGACCUGGUUCAUAGAGUUGCAAAUAAGAACUGCUUUAAUAUUAAAACAGUUAAGUCGGAUGCGGGUCGACUUAUGCUAAGAUACAAGCAAGCUUCAAAAGGUUGUAAGUGGUAUUUACAUGUUGCAAGAGUUAAGAAUUCUGACUAUUUUAGUGUCAGAGUACACAGAAAGAUGCACACAUGUUCUCGAUGUGUCGCGAGUACAAGCAUUAGUAAACAAAAAGGGUCAACACGAUUAGUAGCAUCUAUUUUGCAUGAUGACUAUCCAGGUCAAUUCGACACCCCUACUCCUAAAAACAUCAUGAACAUCGUGCAAAGAAGACUUGGUUUGCAGUUGUCAUACUCUACUGCCUUGAGAGGUAAGAAACAAAAUGUUAGUGAUGUGCGAGGGAGUCCUGAAGCAAGCUACGCAAAAUUGUAUUCUUAUCUGCACAUGUUAGAGACGGUAAAUCCUGGGACAGUAACCCAAGUGGAAUUGGAUGCAGAAAAAAGGUUCAAAUAUCUGUUUAUUGCUUUGGGCGCUUGCAUUGAAGGAUUUAGGGCAAUGAGGAAAGUGAUAGUUGUGGAUGCAACACAUCUUAAAACAAAAUAUGGUGGUAGGUUAGUUUUUGCAACAGCUCAAGAUCCUAAUCAUCACCAUUAUCCCAUUGCGUUUGGUGUACUAGAUGGUGAGAAAGAUGUGAGUUGGAGCUGGUUCUUCAAAAUGCUGAAAACUGUUAUACUAGAAGAACCUGAAUUGGUCUUUAUGAGCGACAGACAUGGAAGCAUCAUCAAGGCAGUAUCUGAGGUGUACCCGAGCGCACUACAUGGUCAUUGCGUUUGGCAUUUGUCUCAAAACGUGAAAAAAGCUAAGACGGACAAGAAUGAUGUUGCGCUUAAAUUCGUGGAAUGCGCUCAUAUUUAUACAAAGAAUGAGUUUGAGAAAGAGUAUGGUAAUUUUAUGAGGAGGUUUCCAACAAUGGCUGAUUAUUUGGAUAAGAGCAUAGGGUACUGGGAGAGAAUGAGUUAUGUCACUGUCUGUGUCCCUCUCCCAGUAUAG